CAUGUCUAUAAACUCUUAUUGAAUUGACUCCAAUAGAUCCUGUUACAUGUAGAAUGGACGGUGAAGAGGAUUUAUAGAGAGAGCUGGAGGAAGACAGUUACAGGAAAUUGGUUUUGGGUUGACAAAAAAGAGGACACUGACAUAAAAUAUGAAGAGAUCUUUGUGUGAAAGAUGGGAACUGUAUGGUGACUAAGCCUAAAGAGGUGGUAAAGGUAUGCAAAAAAUAUUUUCAAAGGCCGUUAAAUGAGAAGAGAGGGUUGUGAGUGCAAGAACUGCAAGCAAUUAUGAGGAACCCUGAAAAUAUAUUGAUAUCUGUGAGGGAGAUAGAAGAAGAACUAAAUAAGAUGAAGGAUGCCAAAGCAGCUGGUGAAGAUGAAACAACAGUUGAUAUGAUCAACGCAGUUGGAGAUACUGAAAUAAAGUGGUUUCAUAGAUUACUGUGUGUUUGCGGGAUCAAGCAAGAAUGUUGACUGGAGAACGUGACUGAUUGUGCCUCUUUGGAAGGAUAAGGGUGAUGCAAAUGAUUGGAGCAUCACCCUGUUCAGUGCAUCUCCCAAAGUCCUUGAGAGAGUUCUGGAGGGAAGACUCAGGGGCAAGGUGGAGGAAAAUAAAAGAGAGGAGCAACAUGGCUUUAGGAAGGGAAGGAAUACUAUAGACACAGUAUUUGCAAUAAGACAGAAGUCUGAAAGAAUUAUAAAUGGGAGGCAUAACUUACAUAGCAUAUAUUGAUUGUGAUGAAAGCAAAUGACUUAGUUCUGUGGCAGCUGGUAUUUGGAGUAUUGAGAUCAAUGGGUGGGGGACUUCAAGAAGUGGAGAUAGAGGUGUUGAAUUAAGCGUAGUAACAGUACAUGUAAUUUCACAGAAUUUUGAUGUGGGGGCGGGAUUGAGACAAGAGCAUGCUGACUCCACUUACCUUCAUACUAGUUAUGGAGUUAAGUAGGAUAACCAAGCCUGUGGAGAUGCAAAGAAAACUAAUGUACGUUGAUGAUCUGGCCCCCCAAAGAGGAACUGGCAAAUAUGGUAUCAGAGUGGGUGUAUGUUUGAAGACCAUCAUUUGAAGGUAAACACAAAGAAAACUGAAGUGAUGCAAAUAGGAAGGUAGAAGAAGAGCUCUUGAUUGAAGUUUCAGGAGAUAAGUUCAAGCAAAGGAAAGCAUUUGUGUACAUGGGAAAUACUCUUAGUACCAUCAGCCAGAGAUUUGAAGAACCCAAUGUACAUGGGCAACAGUGAAAAAGGGGGCAGGAGUACUGUGGAACUGGCAAGUAAGUAACAAACAAAGGAAAACUGUAUGCUGUGUGUGUCUGUCCCAGCCUGCUCUAUGGUUUGGAAAUAGUGGGGUCUCCGGGAGAUGGCAGAGAAAAAGAAGAUACAAGUAGUAGAAAAUUACACACUGAAUGGUAGGCAAGUGCAAGGUAGAUUGAGUGUCCAUGGAAGAAAUUAGCAGGAAGAUGGACUUGGGAGGCCCACUGAAAGCAUAUGGCUGAGGUGGGCUGGACAUGUGAUAAGAAUGGGAGAGUCACCAGGAAAGAAAGCAUAAGAGAUAGAAAACACCAAGAAACAGUGUGGAAGACCAAGGCUAUGAUGAUGAGACCUUUGAAAAGAAAAGGACGGGAAUCCCAACACCUACAAACCCAUGCCCUGGACCCCAAGGAGUGGCCAAGAAUGGUGGGCACCUCCAACCUCACGUAAACGGGAAAAGGAGCCAAGAAGCAAAGGUUUCUGCUGCGGAUACGGCCCUUACCUGCACUAGGUGCUGGGUCUGCUGUGAAGAUGGGUCUUGCUGGGAGGGGGCAUCGGGGUGUCUAAGGCGGCGGGGGGAGGGGAGAAAGGCGUAGUGUCUGGCAAUGGGCGGCGUAUCUCCCGGGUAGGCCUCGGGCCGUUGGGUGGGGCUCACGGGCUGAGGUGUAGCUGGGUGGCAAGGGCGGAUGGGGAAGGGGGAGAAUUCAGCGCGUGGCUACUGAUGCGAGGGGGGCAUAGCUUAGCGGGCGCGAGCGUGGACUCGGUGAAAUCCCGCCUGCGGAUGAAAGCGGAGGCGGAAGCUGGCGCGCGGGACGUUUCGAUCCUGCCCUUGGAUUCAGAAGUUCGGCCCGGGAGCGCCUGGCGGCAUCGCCGAGUAACGGCGCGCGAGGGGCUACCUACAGAGGCCGCUUGAUGGGCGCGGCCAUUUUGAGCCGUGGCAGCAACCAAUGGUUUAGAGAGAAACUCAGCACAUGAAUAGAAAUGAUUGACUCGGUCAAAAUAAGGAGACAGAGCACCUUGGAUUUUUACUCUCACUAUGAAUUUCUCUGUGCCGUUCAAGGCUCUGUCCCACUAAAAACUGUGAAAGCUAAUAUGAAUCAGGGCAUUCUUGAGCUAAAUGCAGAUCGCCUCAAGGCUCCUGACUGGGCACCACUUCUGAAUGCUAUCAGGCAUAAUAAGACUUUGACUUCUGUUGUAAUAAGAAGCUUUCAUCAACAAGGUCUUGGAGAAUCAGGGGCUGAAAGAUAUAAAACCUACUUUAGAAGACGAAUUCCAGCAAUUAGAUCAAAAGACAUGACUACUCAAUUAUGUAAAGCCAUCAGAGGUUGUCUGAAUGCUUCAAGUGCUCUAAAAAAUUUGGAACUUGAGGGAUUGCUUCUAAGAGAGCGAGAUCUAAUAUUUUUAACAAAGGGGUUGGCCAAGACGUCAUCUUUGGAGAGCUUGUCAUUAGCACAUUGUCCAAUUGGAGAUGGAGGAUUGGAAACAAUCUGUCAAAGUAUGAGGAACUCAGCCAACAUCAAAUCUAUAAAUUUUACAGGAUGUAGUUUGACCUGGCGGGGAGCAGAACACUUGGCCAAUGUCUUAAAGCAUCAGGCAAUGAAAAGACAUGGUGAAGCUUGGGCUGAAAGCCUACGCUACAGGAGACCUGAUCUUGACUGCAUGACAGCUUUGAGGCGUAUCACUCUCAACUGCAAUACACUUGUUGGUGAUCGAGGGGCUAGAGCCUUUGCAGAAUGUCUUGGAGAAGACCUGUGGCUGAAAGCACUUGACAUGCAGCAGUGUGGAAUUUCCAAUGAUGGUGCAAAAUCAUUGUUAGAUGCUUUUCAAACUAAUACAACUCUAGUGAUAUUGGAUGUAAGAAAAAAUCCAUUAAUUGAUCACACUUUGAUGAAAAAACUUAUUGAAAGAGUUCUCAUGAAUGGAAACAGUGCCAGCUCAGAGUACAAGUGGCUGACAUCUCCUUCAAAGGAUAUUCUCAAACCCAAAUCAAAAAAAAGAACUAUUGUCCUAGGAAGUGGUCGGAAAGGAAAAGCUACUAUUCGUAUUGUGAUUUGGAGACACAGAGGAUUAGCAUCUAAAAAGUCCACACACCCUGGAAAGAGUCCAUCUGAUAAAGAUAGUCAUUCACCAAAACCAUUACCACCAGGUGCAUAUGGCUUCCUACCUUGGCGUACUGCAGCGCGUGCAAAGAGGUGCAGGGGAUUCCCAGUGGAUGGUACCCAGGAGUUACCACUGAAGUUCCAGCAGACAGGCACUCCUGUGAAAGUGACAGUGGAAAGUGCUUCUACAUCUGAAACUGAAGAGACAGAAGGGGCUUUAGAGGACAUUAUGCAUGAUUCUGAUUUGACAAAAUCCCCAGUUAAAACUAAUGUAAGACGAUACCAACAAUUAAGGACGGAGCUGGAAGAAUGCCUUUUAAAAUUAAAGGAAGAAAGAAGGGCAAGAGUAAAGGCUGAUGAACGAAUAAUGGAGCUGGAAGUUGAAAAUGCCCGGUUAAGGAAUCUAAACUUCUCUCUGUCUGAGGUUCUUCAUGCACAGUCAGUAACCAACAUGAUUCUGGAAGAUGAAGGUGUUCUGGGAAGCAUUGAGACCUCUUUCCAAAAAUUUCAUGCUUUUUUAGACCUUCUUAAAGAUGCUGGACUUGGGCAACUUGCUACAAUAGCUGGGAUAGACCAAUCUGAUUUUGGUUUGUUGGGCCAUCCCCAAAUGAAUUCUACUGUCAGCAAACCUGCUAUUAUACAAAAGGAGAAAUCAUAUGAAGACGAAAGACAGGAACAAACACAGAAUAGCAAAAAUGUUGGUGGAGAUAUCAAACUUUCUCUUCCUGGCCUCAUCCAUUCUCAGGUUCUUGUGAGUAAUACCUGUUCCAUUCCCAGAGAAAUACAAGAAUUUCAGGUCACUGUUCAACAGCAGCAAGGCUUAUGGGGAGAAACUGAAGCUCAAAUGGAUAAUCAAAGAAAGGAAGAGGAAACAUCCAAAAAUAGCAGGCCAUCAUCCUCUGAGAAGAGUGUCAGAUUAAGUGAACAGACAAAAGGACAUUCUUCGAAGCAAUCAGCUAUUAGUCAGCGUUCAUUCUCUGAUUGCAAUGUAAAUCUGAAAAGUAAGGGUAGCAAAAAAUUCAGUGCCACUUCUAGUGAAGACAGCCAAAACCUUUCCCCACAAAAACACAUCUACAGAACAAAUGAAACUGGAAUAGCAAAUGUUGCAGCCCGAGGAGAUCAAAGUAAACUCCAAACAGCAGAUCAUUCUAGAAAUGACACAGAAGGAUUUGAUUCUGAAAUACAAGAAAAUAUCUAUUCCAUGAAAAGCAUUUGAAAUGAGUCUAAAAAGAAAGUUCAGAUUGUUUUCCACAUGUGUAGAAUAAAAAAAUGUCCGUAGUUUUUUUUUGAGAAAUGUAUGCUUUGAAAACUUUCCACACUCUUUACUGUUUCUGUUUCAUAUAACGGUAAUCUUUUCUCAUUACACAGUUUUUAGGAAAACCAAAUGAUACAUCCUCAGAAUGGUACCCUUCAAUGUUAUCUGAGUUUAGAAAGGCUCUGAUGUGAUGCAGAGGGGUGUUUGAUUUGCUGUGCAGUACAAAUGAAUAUAGAUUUAUUAAAUAAUAAAGUUUUUUAAACAAAAUGAGACAGUACUAAUUAUGAUUUGCAUUUUCAGUUGAUCAUAUUUAAAACCAUUGUUUAGUUGUAAUUACAUAUCCAUUGGUGCUGAAGACAAUAUGGUAUAUGCUCCCUUCAUUGUUUACGCAUAGCUCCCAUUAUUGGGAAAAUGAAGGGUGAGUCUAAAUCCCGUGCUAGUCAACAUUGUUUAUUAAAGUAUGUUCUUGUUUCAUAGUUAUAGACAAUAGUGGUUUUGUAUAUCUUUGACAGUAACAUGUGAAUUGAAAUUAGUUUUAUUUAAGUGAUUUGUUUUCAUCUUUUUUUAUUAUAGAAUGUAAGCCAUAACUCUUACUGACUCAAUUGAAAAUUUCAAGCAUUUUUGUUGUUUUCAGACAGUGGAGCGUAUCUCUAUUUAAUCAGCCUAUAUUAGGUAUGGCGAUUCUGUUUUUGUAUUGAGACAGUUAUUGAUUGCAUUCAAUCACUAGCAUGUCCCACUUGAAAUUUUAGUUUUUGAGAUAAUGGUGAUUCUGAAAUAGUGAAACCAAUUUAAUUUGGCUUCAUAGAGAUAGCUAAGACGUUUAGUAUUGGGAUCAUUUCCUGCUUGCUGGUUCAAGACUAGCUAGUGAAGUCAUUACUAUCAAAUGGCUGUUAAAUUGUCUUUUUAAAUGAAUUAAUUGUGUUGGUCCAGUUCUUAGUGGAUAAGUGCCCUUAUCACAAAAAUUCAUAUUGUAUCUAAUUUGUCCUCUUGUUGGUAAUCUUAGCAGUGAUGCCAAUGACAGAACGAAUGUAGAGCCUGAAAAAUCAGAUUUUGAUGCUGCUGAGAAUAACAAAAAUACCUAGGAAGAUAGAACUAACUCCUUUCCCUAGCAGACCUUCCAGAACAGCAUUGAGGCACUCUGGUUCGAGCAGUCCAUUUAAUGAAGAAAUAUGAAAUGUCAGUGAUUAUGAAAGAUUGGCAUCCCUAGAGACUGAAGUUCCUUGAAUUUAAAAGAACAACAAAAUUGAACCUGUUUUCCAGCAAAAUUGUUCAACCGUAUCAUAUGGGGAACUGCUUCUAGUAGAAAAUGUUUUAUCGCAGGCAAAUGGAAAAAUAUUGAAAGAAUAUGGAAGUCUGGAUGAAACUUUUUUUCCUUUCACAGCAGAAAUCAUGAGCUAAUGAUUUCUCCUAAUGGCUAGAAAUAAGAUACUGCUCUGUAAGCUAGGAAAAUUCCUUCUUUUCAAUGAAAAACCUAUUAUAUAUCUUGUGGGUGAUAUCUAGCUUUCUAGUUAAUGAAAAACAUGUAGCAUGUUGCUGAAGCAAUGGUUUCCUUAAUAUUUUUUAGUUUUAAGCUAUCUGUAGCAAUUAACCGUAUACUUCUAAUUUCUCUGUACCUUCUCUGAGUAUGAAACGUAUAAAACAAAAUUACUAAUUCAUGAUUUUGUUCUAGGCUUAAAUCAACUGCAUAAUAUUGAAAUGAACACUUUUUUUUAUUUUAUUUAUUUAAAUUUUAAAUAAACUUCUGCAGAUACUGAAUGGACUGAAAAAAAUCUACUUGCUCUCUCUCUCCCUCUCUCUGGACUUUCCUCUUGAAAUAUUUCUGCCUAAUAUUCUUGAUAGAUUUGUGGGAGAUGAAUCCAGAAGAAUACUUUAAAUAGAAAAAUAAAUGUAAAUAUUUUUAAAAUAAAGUUUGUAAAGAA